GCUAUCAAAGUAUCACUUUACCAGAUCUCAACCAACAAUGGCACCAAACACGUCUAAUCCCAAUUCAACCAAAAUGACCUACCGCUUCCUGGGCAAUUCCGGUCUCCUCGUGUCCAAGUUUUCUCUCGGAUCUUGGAUGUGGGCCAGCGACGACUACACGGUGGACGCAUGGUACAAAAUGAUGGUCACGGCAUUCCAAGGAGGCGUGAACCUUCUCGACACGGCCGAGAAUUACGGUGAGACUCUGGCGGAGCGCAAUAUGGGCGGAGCCAUAAAAAAAGGCAUCGAAGAAGGCGUCUGGUGUCGCGAAGACCUGGUCGUGACUGCCAAACUGUUCGCAGGGACCACCGCGUGGGACCAAGCUAGUCCUAACGCGCAAGGAUUGUGUCGCAAGCACAUCGUGGAGGGCUUGAAGGCUUCUCUGCAGCGAAUGCAGCUCGACUAUGUCGACGUUGUCUUCUGUCACCGCCCUGAUGCUCUCACCCCCGUUGAAGAGACCGUCCGAGCCAUGAACUUUGUGAUCGAGCAAGGUUGGGCCUUCUACUGGGGCACCAGUGAAUGGCUCGCCUCGGACAUCCAAGAGGCAUGUGAGAUCGCAGACCGGUUGGGACUCAUCCGUCCCAUUGUGGAGCAGCCACAGUACAACAUGAUUGAACGCAACAAGGUCGAGUACGAGUUUCUGGAUCUGUACAAAAAGUACAAACUCGGACUCACGGUGUGGUCCCCGCUUUGCUCUGGUGCACUGACGGGCAAAUACAGCGCGGCGUCCGAGGGCUCUCGCCUGACGACCGAUCUCAAGGCCGGGCCUCCUGUCCGGAUGGAAAUGUUCACGGAAAAGAUCAAAACGGCUGAGAGGCUGAAACCCAUUGCCAAAGGCGUGGGCUGCUCGCUAGCGCAACUAGCUCUAGCGUGGUGCGUCUCGAAUGAGAACGUUUCCACGGUGCUUCUCGGCGCCAGUCGUUCCUCGCAACUUGAGGAGAACCUCAAGGCCUUGGACUUCGUGGACAAGAUCACGCCUGAGGUGAAAGCCAAGAUUAAUGAGGUCGUCAACUUCGUGCCGCAUGCACCUCAGCAAGACUACCUUGCCAACCUCCGAGCCCGACACUUGUAGACUGUGCGAAUGGAGAUCUCUACGCUACGAUACCUAACAGUAGUAGUGACUUGCAUGAACAAAGUUGCAUUGGUACUUAGGAAUCGAUUUUUGGGCUCACAAUGAUUAGCUGUUGCUUCAACUUUCAAACACGAAAGAGGUAAGCAUGUUGUCGGACAAUUCGACCUUCAACUGUGUUUGUGC